AUGUUUUCACUCAUCAAAGGUACUCUCAGUUGAUGUUUUGCCAAAAAAGUCGUCAGAGUUCUUUUGCUAGGCUUAGAUAACUCAGGAAAAACAGUAAGCUCUACACAGACCUUUUUAGAACAAAUAAAGAAGCUUUUUGGGCAGCGAUCCAUGCCAAUUCAUAAAAUCCCUCCUACAGUAGGUUUAAACAGUAAAAUUUAUAUAGUCGCAAAGCUAACUCACAACAAUAUUCAAGUAUUAAUCUGGGAUUUAGGAGGAAAAGAAGGGAUAAGGCAGAUUUGGAACCACUAUUACUCUGAAGCCCAAGCUUUAAUUUUCAUGAUAGACGGAUGUGAUAGAAAUAGAUUCCAAGAACUUAAUGAAGUUUUAAAGCAAACUUUGGCUGAAAGCCAGCUGAAAGGGGUGCCUUUGGCUAUUAUUAUUAAUAAGCAUGACCAGGACUCGUGUGCAAGUAUUGGAUUUAUAAGGGAAAUGUUUGAAACAGAUACUAUAGAAGGAAGGUCAGUUGAGAUUAUGUAUGGGUCAUCGUAUACACAGGAGGGGAUUGAAAAAGUAAUUAAUUGGAUUUUGUCUGUUGCAUAA